AUGGUCUACAAGAUGAACAUUUACGCCGACGGCACCUGUCGUGGUAAUGGCAAACCUGGCUCCACUGCCGCUGCCGCUGCUGUCUUCCAACUUCUUCACGGUCGCCAAACCAGCUACACCUGUCUUCUGCCCAAAUAUCCAAACCCAACUAACCAGAGGGCCGAGUUAACUGGCAUGAUUAUUGCUCUUGAAGAGGCCAUUGAGCGCCACCGGAACCUACGGAAAGCUCCCAUGCUCAGCGUUCGGAUAUUCACAGAUUCCAAAUAUGUCAUUGGUUGUCUAAACGAGUGGCUACAAAAAUGGAGGCUGAACGGCUGGACGAACGCAGCUGGUCGCAUGGUGGCGAACCGAGACCUCAUUGAAAAGGCGAGUAAUUUGGUCGACGAAUUAAACAAGGUCGGAACCGUCGAGUACGUGUGGAUACCGCGCGAGGAAAACUUUGAGGCACGUGAGGCGUGCAAUGAAGUUUUGGACGAGGCAAACUAUAUCUAG